AUGCAGCCGUCUUCGCCGAGCUCACACUGUGAUCUCUCUGGUGAUAAUGACCUGGUAGAAAUCACCCAACACCAAGGAGAUUCAGUUCUGUUACCCUGCUCCUGCUCUGACCUGAACACCAAACCUCAGACAUUCACCUGGAUGACCUUCAGAACAGGACCUUCGACUGACGUGUUAAAUGAUGAACACUACCGUGGCAGACUUCAGCUGUUUAAUAACAUUUCUCCUGGUAAACUGUCUCUGUUCAUAUCUGACCUGAGAGAAGAGGAUCAGGGAGUCUACAGGUGCAGCACUGAGAAGGGACUCAGAGACAUCACAAUUUAUGUUAAAGGCUGUGAUCUCUCUGGUGAUAAUUAUCAGGUGUUUAAUGGACACCCAGGAGGUUCAGUUCUGUUACCCUGCUCCUGCUCUGACCUGAACACCAAACCUCAGACAUUCACCUGGAUGACCUUCAGAACAGGAUCUCUGACUGACGUGUUAAAUGAUGAACACUACCGUGGCAGACUUCAGCUGUUUAAUAACAUUUCUCCUGGUAAUCUGUCUCUGUUCAUAUCUGACCUGAGAGAAGAGGAUCAGGGAGACUACAGGUGCAGCACUGGAUUCUGGGAAUACAGAGACAUCAGGAUUAAUGUUGAAGUAGGAAGAAGAGAAACUUCAACACACUCGGGGAAAACAGACAGAAGACCUCCAUCAGAACAGCCUCCAAGUAAAACAACAAACUCUCCACCUUCAUCAUCCUCAACAACACUGGAACAAGAAAGCAAAGCAACUUCAGCUCUCUCAAUGAAAACACACAGAAGACCUCAAUCAGAACAGCCUCAAAUCACACCAAAAACCUCUUCACCUUCAUCAUCCUCAACAACACUGGAACAAGAUGAACAAGAAACUCAUAGCAGCCUCCCUCUGGUGUUCGGCAUUGCGGCAGCUUUUCUGUCGGUGAUAGUCGGUGUAGUGGCAUUUAUUUGUUGGAGAUGCAAAGGAGGAAGAUGUGGAAAGAAGGUGAUUACUGAAGGACGUCCAAAGCAGAAGGAUCAGACUGUACCUGAUGUUACUUACUCUACUGUAAGCCACAUUCACACAGCCGGAGCAGCUCAGGUCCAGAUCAACGCUGGAGAGAAAACCGAAUACGCCAGCAUUAAAAAAGAAAAAGAAGAAAAAUGAAAGUUCAUCACCCUGUUUUGUGUAAGACGACUGCUGUAGAAGUUGUGUUUGUUUGUGACUGUCGUGGGAAAGUCGUCUGGACUGAAUGUGGAUUUCAAAAUGAGUUUUUGUAAAACACACUUAUAGUUAGUUAAAGUGUUUGUGACAGUGGUCUUGUUGAGUGUGGAGUAUUACACAGUGUUCUUUCUGCAUGGUACAAUGCUACAACGUCCUCUACAUUAGUUGUCUCUGUACACAGUGACCUGGCUGAUGCUUGAUAAUGUCUGUAUAGCUGAUAUUAUUGUGUGAAGUUAUCUUCAUGCUGAUGAAUUGUACAACCUGCUUCACUGUGAGAACAAGUGCUGAGAACAGACACAGUGCAGGACCGCUGAUGUGAACCAGUCCUGUGGUUGUACCUCAUGCAUUACAUCAGACUCUAUUAUUAUUAUCAUUAUUAUUAUUAUUAUUAUUAUUAGUAGUAGUAGUAGUAGUAGUAGUAGUAUUUAGUCCCCUGGUGGUAAAGCUGCAGGAUCCCAUGCUCUCAUUCCUGCAGCCCGGGUUUAAUUCCUGUGUAGGGCACUAACCCAGACACUGAGGGAUUAACUCUCAGUGUCCAGAUGAAAUGGGAGGGUUGAAUCAGGAAGGGCAUCAAAUAUAUGGACCAGAUGAUCUGCUGUGGUAACCUCCAACAGGGAGCAGCUGAAAGAAAAACAACAACAUUAUCACUAUUUAAACACAAUUAUUAUUAUCUAAAUGUUAGCUAUUUGUGAUCAAAUCACAGGUUUAAAUAAAAGUGUUUCAGACGUAGAAAUCAGGCAGUGUCAAAACUGCUGCCUGUGUUAUUCAGCUGAGAGCGGGUAUAUUUUGGCACAAGUGACUUUUUUAACUAAUUAAGUUUUAUAAAGUCACUCUUACUGCUGCUGAAAUGGGUUCCAUAUACAAUGUUUAAGGAUUUUUAGGGAUCCUGUUUUUCACACAAUCAGCUUUUUUCCAGACAUCUCACCAGGUCUGAUUUAGUUCAUGUUCAACUUGCUCCUCUGGGGUUCAGGGUUUGAUUCUCUCCCCUGCCCUGUGUGUAUGAGAAGUUAGAAUCUUCUCCCUGUGCUUUUUUGGUCUCUUUAAGGUCCAAAGACAUGCAUUGUAGGCUGAUGAACAUCUUUAAAAUGUAUUUUGUGUGUAAAUGGGUGUGCAGAUUUCUCUAUGUUGGUAGCCCAUCCAGGGUGUCCCCCGAGUUCCCUUUGUGUAGGAUAUGGUUUACAGAAGAUGGGUGGAUGGAUUUUUUUGUUUGUAUAAUACUUCUAAAAUGAUAUUAGAUCUAUUAAACUUUUCUUUGGUUUUGCUUUGUGGUGGACACAUGGAAUACUUGUGUAAAUCAAAACCAUGCAUGGUCACAACUUUAUUAGGAUAUUAGCAUGAAAUGUAUGUUUAAGCAAUACAUUUGUAGUUGUUUGUAGCUUGUUUGUUACUUAUAUGGCAAAUAAAAUGACAACAAUGAAGAAGGAUAUUUGAAAAUUGUAAUGUAGCACAAUCACAACCAUAAUAUUUUCUAUUUUUGUGCAUAAAAACAUUGAAGCACAGAAUUUUAUCAGCAGAUCACAGUGAAUGCAUCUCAGAAUUAUAAAAGGUUAAAGCUACGAACAGCUUCAAAUAAAUGACUGCAAUAAUUACUUUUGACCACCAGAAGUCACGUCAUGUCUACGUUUUCAAUGUUCCGGCACAUCAGGAAGAACAAUCUUGUGAUUUCCUGUUUACAUACACAGCAAAUGUAAUUAAAAUGUAAUAAGCCUUUAGUUAAAUCUUAUUUGUUAAAAAAAGAAUGCCCUUAUAAAAGAAAUGUUCAGCCAUGCUGUAAAUAAAGAAUUACAAUUG